CAUUGAUUUGGAGUGGUUGAUGUCGGUGGGUGUGAAGAGGGAGCGGUUUAGUUUGAUGUGAUGAUGUGAAUGAUCUGUUCCCGGGGGGCUGGGAGGAGGGGGAACAGUGGCCGUUCUCUCGGUGGGUGUGGACCUUGUGAGAGGUAUAUGGGAUGGCUGCAGAGGAAAAGGUUGCAUCGGCUCUGGAUUUUGGGAAUGAACAAUCUCGGUCUCCUACAAGCCCAUCUCAUCUCACCCAUUUUAAGCCACUAACUCCAGAUCAAGAUGAACCUCCCUUCAGAUCAGCCUAUAGCUCCUUUGUAAGCCUUUUCCGUUUUAACAAAGAUGAUGGGAGACCUAACUCUUCAUACAGAACAGAAUUGCCCCAAAGUGAACCACAGGGUACAGAAGUAAAUUGGUCCAACCGCCAAGUUGAUGACAGAACGUAUUUAAGAUCAUCACCGACAUACAAAAAGCAACGCACAGGGGAGAAACCACGAAGGGCAUCUAGUGCAUCGAUAGUCAAAUCACAAGGUGCAGAUGGUCGUAGAAAACCAGAUGUGUCGAUGGGAAGCCAUGAUCCUCGAACAGCAGUACAACUGAGGAGCCUUACUACAGUUCUAAAGCGCUUGAAAGAAAUAAUGGAGGGAAAAAGCCAGGAUACUGACUUGAAGCAGUACUGGAUGCCGGAUAGUCAGUGUAAAGAGUGUUAUGAUUGUAAUGAGAAGUUUACCACCUUUAGACGUCGACAUCACUGCCGUUUGUGUGGACAGAUCUUCUGUAGUCGCUGUUGCAAUCAGGAAAUUCCUGGAAAAUUCAUGGGUUAUGCUGGUGAUCUCCGAGCAUGUACUUACUGCCGUAAAAUAGCUCUGAACUAUGCACAUUCCACAGACAGCAGCUCCAUUGGCGAAGAUCUAAAUGUUUUGACUGACUCCAUGUAUUCUGUAUCCAUAUUGGAUCCAGGUGAACCUAGAACUCCUAUAAGUGGAAGGAAAGCCAUCAGAAAUAUAUUCUUGGAAGAGGACCUUGCAUGGCAGAGCUUGGGCCGCCAGGAUUCACAGAGUAAUACUUUGUCAACACGCCUCACUGCUGUGCAAGAAGAUGUAGGAAAGUCACCUGCACGGAAAAGGUCUGCAAGCAUCACCAAUCUUUCUUUGGACCGGUCAGCUUCACCCAUGGUUCCUUCAUAUGACAGCUCUAUCAGUCCUCAAGCCUCUCGGGCAUAUGUUAAAACAGACCCCAAUGAAGAUGAAAGAAAGAUUCUUCUGGACUCUGUUCAACUAAAAGACCUUUGGAAGAAAAUAUGCCAUCACAGCACUGGCAUGGAGUUUCAGGACCAUCGAUACUGGUUGCGAACUUAUCCUAAUUGCAUAGUAGGAAAGGAACUGGUGAACUGGUUGAUUAGAAAUGGACAUAUAACCACACGAGCUCAGGCAAUUGCCAUUGGUCAAGCAUUAGUGGAUGGACGAUGGUUUGACUGUGUAACCCAUCAUGAUCAGCUCUUUAGGGAUGAAUAUGCCUUAUACAGGCCUUUGCAAAGUACAGAGUUUUCCGAGACACCCUCUCCAGACAGCGAUUCAAUAAAUUCGGUCGAAGGCAAUUCUGAACCAUCAUGGUUUAAGGACAUCAAGUUUGAUGACAGCGACACUGAGCAGAUGCAGGAUGAUGGAGAAGAAAUCAUGCAAAGCUUUUCCAGCCCUAGCAAGCGUACAUCAGUAAGCAGCUUUCAGUCAGUCGUGGACAGCGACUCUGCAGCUUCUAUCAGCCUAAAUGUGGAACUGGACAAUGUCAACUUUCAUAUCAAGAAACAUUCCAAGUACCCGUAUGUCCCAACACAUCCAGCAGAUCAGAAAGAGUUCUUGGUAUCUGAAGAUGGAGUACAGCAAGUCAUUGGUAUAAGUGAUGCCUUUAUUAAAGAAUCUCUCUUUAAUCGUCGGGUUGAAGAAAAAUCCAAAGAUCUCCUUUUUACACCACUUGGGUGGCAUCACAGCUCCCUGGAACACCUUAGGGAAGAAAAUGGCGAGAAACAAGCAAUGGAGAGACUACUUUCAGCUAACCAUAGCCAUAUGAUGGCCUUGUUGCAGCAGUUGCUGUACAGUGAAUCUCUCUCACUAUCCUGGAGAGACAUCAUUGUUCCGGUGGUCCGCCAGGUUGUACAGACUGUACAUCCAGAUGUUAAGAACAAUGAUGAUGACAUGGAUAUCCGCCAGUUUGUUCAUAUAAAAAAGAUACCGGGUGGUAAAAAGUUUGAUUCCGCGGUCGUUAAUGGGUUUGUUUGUACCAAGAACAUAGCCCAUAAGAAGAUGAAUCCUCACAUAAAAAAUCCAAAGAUUCUGCUGUUGAAGUGCUCUAUUGAAUACCUCUAUCGAGAGGAGACCAAGUUUACAUGCAUCGAUCCCAUUGUCCUACAGGAAAGAGAAUUUCUGAAGAAUUAUGUGCAGCGAAUAGUGGAUGUUCGACCAAAUCUGGUUCUUGUGGAAAAGACAGUUUCUCGUAUUGCUCAAGAUAUGCUUCUGGAAAAUGGCAUCACCUUAGUUAUUAAUGUAAAACAACAAGUGCUAGAUCGAGUGAGUCGUGUUACCCAGGGUGAUUUGGUUAUGUCAAUGGACCAACUUCUGACAAAGCCUCGCCUUGGAACAUGCCAUAAAUUUUUCCUUCAGCCGUUCCAACUACCUAAUGGUCACACAAAGACACUCAUGUUUUUUGAAGGUUGUCCCCAACAUUUGGGCUGUACUGUGAAGCUGAGAGGUGCUUCGGAAUAUGAAUUAGCAAGGGUGAAAGAAAUUCUCAUAUUCAUGGUCUGUGUAGCGUAUCAUUCUCAGCUGGAACUUUCUUUUCUUAUGGAUGAGUUUGCGAUGCCUCCAAGUUUAUCUAAAAGUGGAUCAAUCCAUUCCAUCAUCGAUGGUGAGACUGCUGAAAGUGAUGGACAAGACUUGUUUAAUGACGAGAAGAUUGGCAAUCUUUCCAAAGACUCUGAUGCUCCAAUCGAAGAUGUCUCCUUGGGAUCUGAAUUUGCUCCGGCAAUUAGUUUUGACUGUCCGAAAGAAAAUACAUUUUGUGAGGAAGAGAAACCAUUGAGAAGAAGUGUUUCCCGAGACAGUAUUUUUGUAAAACCUGAGGGGCCCACACCUGAUAGCGCUCCUCCAGAUUUUGACACCCCUUUUCUUGAUUCUCCUAUGACGUCCUCUGUCCGUGCAUCCAUAAUGGAUUCACUGAUAUCUGAAAGUAAGAAAGAUCAAACACCUCCUGACACUUAUCAUGCAUUCUUACGUGAGCAACCCAGAUCUUUAAAUGAGUCUGAUGAUCAGUCAGUGGGAAACAGGCCUAAGCUUUUCCGUGAUCCCCUUCAGGAUGAUACAGAUCUGUUCAUUACUGAACAUGUUACUUCCUCUGAAGAUAGACUGAAAUCCUACUCUGUUGCAUUCAAGCAGGAACUGAAAGAUGUCAUUCUUUGCAUAUCUCCUUUCAUUACUUUCAGAGAGCCUUUCCUAUUGACUGACAAAGGUAUGAAAUGUCCAACAAGAGACUACUUCCCAGAACAAGUCUAUUGGUCCCCUCUCUUGCACAAAGACAUAAAGGAAAUAGAAUUCCGGAGAAAGAAGCAACUGCUCAAGGACUUGACAAACCUUCAGGGACUGAAUGGCAAUGUGCAGGCAAAGUCUACUCAAAUUCUUCCAUCUCAUGAUCUGCUGAGUACUAGAAUAACUCAUUCCUUAGGAAGUAACCAAAGCCUGUCAAAGCUAUUAGCUGAUUAUAGAGCUAGAGGUGGUAGGAUAAAGAACAAAAUAAUAGAUCCCUUUAUGCAGAGCAAGGAGGACAGCAGUAAAACAGCGAUGAAAGAUGGGGAAGAGGAAAACCAACGAGGACAAAUCCAGAAUGAGCUAAUGUGGGCAUCAAAGGUGGACUGUUUGAGCCCUGCAAACCAUCAGAAGCUUUGUGUUCUCUUCAGUAGUUCCUCUGUGCAGUCGAGCAAUGCACCAAAUCCAUGCGUUAGUCCGUGGAUCGUCACAAUGGAAUUUUAUGGAAAAAAUGAUUUGACUUUGGGAAUAUUUUUGGAAAGAUAUUGCUUUCGACCCUCCUAUCAGUGUCCCAGCAUGUUCUGUGAAACGCCUAUGGUGCACCAUAUACGCCGUUUUGUGCAUGGUAAUGGCUGUGUACAAAUUGUAUUAAAAGAGCUGGAUUCUCCUGUUCCUGGCUAUCAGCACACAAUCUUAACAUACUCUUGGUGCAGAAUAUGUAAACAGGUGACUCCAGUGGUUCCGCUGUCCAGGGAUUCUUGGUCCAUGUCCUUUGCCAAGUAUCUGGAGUUAAGAUUCUAUGGCCAUCAGUAUACCCGUAGAGCAAAUGCGGAGCCUUGUGGUCACUCCAUGCAUCAUGAUUAUCACCAGUAUUUCUCCUACAAUCAGAUGGUUGCAUCUUUCAGUUUUGCCCCCAUUAGGAUGCUUGAAAUUUGCCUUCCACCAUUAGAAAUAUACAUCAAACAUCAAAUGCCAUCAAAGCAAUUGGUUAUUCAGGAUUUGAAGGAUUUUUCACAAAAGGUAUCACAAAUCUAUUCAGCAGUAGACGAUCGCCUUGUGUCCCUGAAAACUGAUACCUUCAACAAAACAAGAGAAGAAAAAAUUGAGGAUCUUUUUGCACAAAAAGAAAUGGAAGAGGCAGAGUUUCGAAACUGGUUUGAGAAAACUCAGGCAAGGUUGUUGUCCUCGCCAAUUGACAACCCUCAACAGUUGCUAUUUGUAGAUGAUUGCUUAAUUAUCAAGAAACAGAAUUUGUGUGAGCUAUUACAGGCUUGGAAUACCAGACUACAGGAUCUGUUUCAACAAGAAAAAGGACGGAAGCGACCAACAGUACCACCAAGCCCUGGCAGAUUGAGGUCAACUGAAGAAACCAAGAGCAGUGUACUGGAUGCUUCUCCACGCAAUUCCUCCUCAGGAUUACUGAAUGGAGACAAAGAGGAUCGCUUAUUGACUGGUAUGGCAGCUAACUCCACAAACAAUGCCAAUUCUCAGUUACCCUCCUCUCCAGAUGUAUGCACAGAGCAACUGUCUGCUGGGCCCAACAUUCCCACAGUGUCUAUUAUCAGUGACCAAGAUACCAACAAUGCUGAUGAUGUAUAUGAUGGACACCUUCUGGGCUCCACUGACAGUCAAGUGAAAGAAAAGUCAACGAUGAAGGCCAUUUUUGCAAACUUACUUCCUGGAAGCAGCUAUAACUCCAUCCCUUUCCCAUUUGAUCCAGAUAAGCAUUAUCUUAUGUGGGAACAUGAACGUGUACCAAUUACAGUAUGUGAGAAGGAGCCAAGUUCAAUCAUUGCAUUUGCACUCAGCUGCAAGGAAUACAAAAAUGCCGUAGAAGAUCUUGGACGAGAAUCUCUGACGAAUGGGACUGACGAAGGAGUACAACAGGCAAAUAAUGCAGACAGACCAAAGACCAAUAGCCCUGCAAGGCAUUUGGAAAGCAACAGCAGUCAAGGAAAUCGCAGCACCGACUCUGAACAGACAUCAAGAAAGACAUCUGGAGUUUUGUCAUUUUUCCGAGGUUCAGGGAGUAAAAGCCCUGAUCUGUCCAUACAGAGAAAAGAAACUUUGCGAGGUGCAGAUAGUGCUUAUUACCAGGUGUCUCAAUCAGGGAAAGAAGGGGCAGAGAAUCAAGCUGCAGAGUCGCAAGAUGAUGGUGAUGGAGACAAACAAAAGAAACAGCUUGGAAACCCACAUGUGGAACUACAAUUUUCAGAUGCCAAUGCGAAGUUUUACUGUCGAAUUUAUUAUGCUGAAGAAUUCCACAAAAUGCGAGAAGUGAUUUUGGCAAGCAAUGAAGAUGAUUUCAUCCGAUCUCUCUCUCAUUGUGUGCCAUGGCAAGCCCGAGGAGGCAAAUCAGGAGCAGCUUUUUAUGCUACAGAAGAUGACCGCUUUAUUCUGAAGCAGAUGCCUCGCCUGGAAGUCCAGUCUUUCCUGGAUUUUGCUCCUCAUUAUUUUAAUUAUAUUACAACUGCUGUUCAGCAAAAGAGACCUACAGCAUUGGCAAAAAUUCUAGGGGUGUAUCGAAUAGGCUACAAAAACUCUCAGAAUAAUACAGAGAAGAAACUUGAUCUUUUGGUUAUGGAGAAUCUCUUUUAUGGGAGAAAAAUGGCUCAGGUCUUUGAUUUAAAAGGUUCUUUAAGGAAUCGAAAUGUUAAAACUGAAACUGGAAAAGAGACAUGUGAUGUUGUGCUGCUGGACGAAAACCUAUUAAAAAUGAUUCGUGAUAACCCCCUUUAUAUUCGAUCACACUGUAAGGCUGUGCUACGAGCAUCCAUUCAUAGUGAUGCAUAUUUUCUAUCGAGCCAUCUCAUCAUUGACUAUUCUCUGCUGGUGGGCAGAGAUGACAUUACAAAUGAAUUGGUUGUUGGAAUUAUUGAUUAUAUCAGAACGUUUACUUGGGAUAAAAAACUUGAAAUGGUUGUAAAGUCUACAGGAAUCUUAGGUGGACAAGGGAAAAUGCCAACUGUGGUUUCCCCAGAACUUUAUAGAACGAGGUUCUGUGAAGCAAUGGACAAGUAUUUCCUGAAGGUCCCAGAACACUGGACAGGCCUGGGUGUGAGCUGCUGAAAAGAUGGGCAGUAUUCAAGAUAAUGUUGGAUUAAACUGCUCAAAGCAUCACUGGAUAUAUGCUAUGGAAGGGGGGAAUAUGUGGAUUGUUCAUUUGAAAGGAAAAUGAUUCCAUAGACGGCACUGAGUCAGAAAACACUGUACAUAUGCAGGUUUCAUUACAGUAUUGUAUCAGAACAGAAAUAAUUUGCCAGUUUGUGAGAAAAAGUUGUCUUGAUUUUUCGGUUUAUUUUGGGUGGGUGAAAACCACUGUUUCACAAAUGGUCCGAUUUGAGGGACAUGAAUGAGACCUGCAAAACCUGAACUAUAUUUCCACUUUGAUGUGCUUAAAAUAAAACAUUAUUAGAAAACGCAACUCAUUGAGGGUUUACCUUUCAAAAAGCACAAAGUGCUGCUCUCAAAUAAUUAGUUCAGUAUAUGCACACACUGUAGAUGCUCUUUACAAUAGCUUUGUGAGCUGUAGAAAAAGCAUGUAUUAAAUGGGGUAUUUUAUAUAUAGAUUGUCAAGCUGAGGGAUCUAUAAAAAUACUUGUUAUUUCAGUGUUCAUAUAUUAAGAGUAUACUACCUGUAAGUAGAAGAUUGGACACAUUUCAGUGUUGAUGUAACACUCCCAUUGCAAUAUGUUGCUGCAGAGCUGACAGAAUUAGAAUCAAGUUUUCACAUUUCAGAACUGUUGCCAAGAAUUUUAAAGAAUACUUCAUACUGCAGUAUUUUUCCCAGUGGUGCACUUUGUAAAUCUUUUUUCUAACACGGGUACAGAUAGAUUUGUAAAUAGAAAAUGCUAAAAUUGGCAAAUUGUGUUUUGGAUUUUUUACAUUCCAAAUUCAUGCAAGUGUCUUUAUAUAACAAAUAACUUGAAAGAAUUAUAAUUCAGGCUAAUUUGACAACUGUUAUUGAUGCACUUUGCAAAGCUGUUUUGGAUCAUGCUUCAAAACAGAUGCAGUGUCCAACGCAUCUGGGAUUUGAAUUCAGUAUGAUUCAAAGUUCAUUUUAGAUGAUUGUCUGAGAGAAAAUAAAUACCACCAAAAUGUUCUCUGGAGCACUAAUGUACAAUAAAUCUUCAUAUUCUACAAAAUGUUUUAUAAUGCUCAAAUUGUGUUAAGUUAUUUGAGACCAUAUUGGUACGUCUGAAAAUAACUAUGCUAAUGGAUAUUACAAUAAAAUAUGAAGAACAA